CUUGCAAUAGCGCAAAUCAAUAAAAGCACGGCAGAGAAAGCACGUGCCUACUGCAAUCUAGGCGAAGCUUAUUACUUCCCCAACGACUUCCAUCUGGAAAUAGAGUACCUCAAGCAAUACCUGAGCAUUGCUGAGGAAGUCAGUCACAGAGCAGGAUCAGCAGUAAGUAGCUAUGCCAUUCUCGGCUGUCUUUACGAUUCCCUCGGUGACUCCCAAAGAGCAAUAGCGUACCACAAUCAAGACCUCAGGAUUGCCAGGGAAGUUGGUGACAGGGAACGUGAAGGAUAUGCCUAUGGCCAUCUCGGCGUUUCUUAUGGCAGACUUAAAGAAUUCCAAAGAGCAAUAGAGUACACCAACCAAUGCCUCAGCAUUGCCAAAGAAGUUGGUAACAGGAAAUGUGAAGGCAAAGCCUAUCACAAUCUCGGCGUUAGUUAUUACAGCCUUGAAGAAUUCCAACGAGCAAUAGAGUACUACAAUCAACAGUUCAUCAUUGCCAAAGAAGUUGGUGACAGGGAAUAUGAAGGCAAUGCCUAUCACAAUCUCGGCGUUGCUUAUAGAAACCUUAAAGAAUUCCAAAGAGCAAUAGAAUACCACAAUCAAGACCUCAGGAUUGCCAGGGAAGUUGGUGACAGGGAACGUGAAGGAUAUGCCUAUGGCCAUCUCGGCGUUUCUUAUGGCAGACUUAAAGAAUUCCAAAGAGCAAUAGAGUACACCAACCAAUACCUCAGCAUUGCCAAAGAAGUUGGUGACAGGAAAUGUGAAGGCAAUGCCUAUCACAAUCUCGGCGUUAUUUAUUACAGCCUUGAAGAAUUCCAACGAGCAAUAGAGUACCACAAUCAACAGCUCAUCAUUGCCAAAGAAGGUGGUGACAGGGAAUAUGAAGGCAAAGCCUAUGAGAGUCUCGGCGCUGCUUAUAGAAACCUUAAAGAAUUCCAAAGAGCAAUAGAAUACCACAAUCAAGACCUCAGGAUUGCCAAGGAAGUUGGUGACAGGGCAGGUGAAGGACGUGCCUAUGACCAUCUCGGCCGUGCUUAUCACAGCCUUAAAGAAUUCCAACUAGCAAUAGAGUACCACAAUCAACAAAUCAGGAUUGCCAAGGAAGUUGGUGACAGGGCAGGUGAAGGAUGUGCCUAUGGCCUUAUUGGCCUUGCUUAUCACAGGCUUGAAGAAUUCCAACGAGAAAUAGAGUACCACAAUCAACACCUUAUCAUAGCCAAGGAAGUUGAUGACAGGUCAUGUCAACGCAUAGCCUAUAGGAAUCUCGGCGCUGCUUAUAGCGACCUUAAAGAUUUCCAAAGAGCAAUAGAGUACAACAAUAAAUACCUCAUCAUUUCCAAGGACGUUGGUGACAGGGCAAGUCAAAGCCAAGCCUAUAAAAAUCUCGGCGCUGCUUAUAGCAGCCUUAAAGAAUUCCAAAGAGCAAUAAAGUACACCAAUAAACAACUUAUCAUUGCCAAGGAAGUUGGUGACAGGCCAGUGCAAGGGGAAGGCUAUGGUGACCUCGGCAAUAUUUAUUUACUUCUCGGCGAAUACCAACGAGCAAUAGAGUACGCCAAUAAAUGCCUCAUCAUUGCCAAGGAAGAUCGUGACAGGGCACAGGAAUGCAGAGCCUAUUCCAUUCUCGGCAAUGCUUAUCACAGACUUGAUGAAUUGCCACGUGCAAUGGAGUGCCACAAGAAACUGCUGAGCAUUGCCAAGGAAGUCGGUGACAGAGAAGGAAAAGAAUGUGCCUAUUUAUACAUCGGCGACGUUCAUCAUUCCCUCCGCGACGUGCCACGAGCAAUGGAGUACUACAAGCAAUGCCUGAGCAAUGCCAAAGAAGUCGGUGACAGGAAUGGACAAGGAAUUGCCUAUUGCCGUCUCGGAGGGUGUUAUGGAAGUCUCAACGACUUGAAGGAAGCAAUAGAGUGUUUCAAGCAACACCUGAGCAUUGCCGAGGAAAUCGGUGACAGUUUAGCAGAAGCAUGUGCACAUGACUGGUUGGGUUACUCUUUUUGGGCAUCACAUUCUUUGAACGAGGCUUUAGAACAUUAUAGAUGCUGUGUUAACAUAUAUGACACUAUUAGAGCCAGUUCUAUCUCGGAAGAUCAGUUAAAGAUAAGUUUCUGUACACGUUUUAAAGAUCCUUAUACUCAUUUAUGGCAAGUUUUAGUAAUGCUUCAAAGGGAUGAUGAGGCUCUAUGCGCUGCUGAGAGGGGACGAGCACAGGCUUUGCUCGAUGCCUUAAAAGUGACUUAUGGCCUUACAUCACUUUCGCCCAGGUCGAUUGAAUCUGAAGAAGAAGUCAGAAAUAUUUUAAGGAAGACAACUGUUUUAACAGUUUUUCUUGCCCUGCAAGAGAAAACAGUCAAUAUCUGGGUGUUGGGAAAAGAGGACAAACCUAUUUUUAGGCAAGAGAAGAUAGAAAUUGGACUUGAACACGAAGAUUCCUUUACUCUCCUUUUAGAGAAUGUUUUGAAAAGCAUUAAGGCUGGCGUCGGUAUCAGGUGCGAAAAUCGGUCAAUGGAUAAGCUGAGUGAUGACUCAACUCCCUCAAGUACUCAAGACGACAAUCAAACAUCGGAGCCAUCACAGGAGAGCGCCGACAGGGCUGGCGUCGGUAUUAGGUGCGAAAAUCGGUGCGAAUUACAGCCAUUAUAUGAUGCAGUUCUUGGUCCCAUUGAAGACUUGCUUGAUGGUGAUAAACUAAUUGUAGUUCCUGAUGGCGCUUUGUCUAAAUUUCCUUGGGCAGCCCUGAGUGAAACUUUAAGGAUCCGCACUGUUCCCUCACUUACAAGUUUGAAAGUCAUCACAAAUUCUCCAAGUGAAUACCACAGUAAAAGUGGAGCCCUGCUUGUUGGAGAUCCAUGCUUGAAGAAAAUUACAGAUAAAUGGGGGAACCCCAUUUAUAAGCAACUGAAGUACGCAAAAAUGGAAGUGGAGAUGAUUGGAGAAAUUCUAAAGAGUCAACCCUUAACAGGUGAAGAUGCAACCAAAGAAGCGGUACUUCAGAGAAUCAAGUCAGUGUCUUUGGUUCACAUUGCAGCCCACGGAAGGCCGGAAACCGGAGAAAUUGUUUUGGCCCCAGACCCCCAAUGGGAAUCCGACACUCCUACUGAGGAGGACUGCAUUAUGAAAAUGUCUGACAUACAAGCUGUUAAGCUGAGAGCGAGACUGGUUGUGCUAAGUUGCUGCCACAGUGGUCAAGGAAAGGUCUCGUCUGAGGGUGUGGUCGGUAUGGCACGUGCUUUCUUGUUUGCUGGUGCUCGUUCCGUGCUGGCGACACUUUGGGCAAUUGAUGACGAAGCCACAAUGAUGUUUAUGAAAUCUUUCUACCAACAUCUUGCAAGAGGAGAAAGUGCAAGUGUUGCUCUUCAGAGGGCCAUGAAAUGUCUGCGAGACUCCCACGAUUAUUAUGCUCCAAAGUACUGGGCUCCUUUUGUUCUGAUGGGCGAUGACGUUAAGAUUGAAUUGGAAAAAGAGUCAUUGAGCAAGUCGUAAGUGGAGAUUUUUUUUCCUCCUGUUCUAGUAACAAAAGGCUUAAGAAGAAAAGCUAGAACCAUUCUUGUCAAAUUCAGAUAAAAGGAAAAUGACAGACUUGAUAAUAAAAAGAAUAAAAAUAUAUAUAAAGUAAGGAUGGGUUAGGUGGUAAGUGUUAAAUUAUUAUGGAUUCACCCAAGUAAAUGCUAUUCCUAACGGGCUACCAACACAUUUCAAAAAUCAAUUGAACUCUAGGCAUUGCUUAAUGUUCUUAAUUGUUAAAUAAUUUAGGUCAGGUGUUGAUAAAAGAUAUACAUAGGGAAUAAGUUUCCUUCGUUUUCCUACAGGACUAGCACUGUAGAGAAAUUCAUAGCUUCAAAACGAACAAAUAUGUCUAACAUGUUAAAUAUUUUUCAUUUUGCUGUUUUUCAUAUCAUCAUCCAUGGCAUCCUCACAUUUCACUCUUUGACCUUUAUUUUGUUUUGAAAUGAAAGAUUAAUUAACGUAUCAAUUUUUGCUUUCUUUACAGGAUGCGCUGAAAGUUUGAUGUCAACACAACUGCUGAAGUAGCGUGUAUAUAUCUGGAUUUCCCCAAAGAAAGAAGUGCGUUAUUUAAUAGCUGUUCUCAAUGGGGCGUUUGGUAAAAAAGCGUGUUUUCGUUUUAGUCAUUUUUUGUCAGAAGAUAUUAAAUAGCGAGAUUUAUAGUCACGCUGACGACAAAUGGCAAACGUCUACACAUUCAAGUAGAGAAUUUCUCAAAAUAGAAAAUGUGCAGAUAAAAUGAAUACAGCUCAAAGCAAGUACAUCAAAGGGCAUACUGUAUACUGUGGAGCUCUAUAUUAGCCACGGCUACACUUAUCAAUUUUAACUUAGGGAAAAGACAAACAAUUUUCGUGGGGAAAGAACUUAACGUUGUUUACAAGUAUUUCGUUACUCCCGCGAAACUGACUGAGUAGUAGUAUAGAUGAUUGCCCCUUUUCUCUUGUAACCUACCUUAAUCGGCAAAUUAUAAUUUGGCAAAGGAAAAUUGCAUUGUAAUAAUCGUAAUAUUGAUGAUAAUAAUAAUCACCAUCAUCAUAAUCUUAAUAAUUCCUUUUCAGUUUUUUCCCCUCGGCUUUAAAGCAAAUGACUGCAACAAAUAUGGAACCCCUCUCCAGAGUUUUUGAUAAUUUGCGGUAUUUCGAAACGAUUUUUCCUGCAGUGGAAAGCCUUUGAUCUACUCAACAAGAUGAGGUUUAUUUUUAAUGGGUGGUGGGGCUGCUGGAGGCUUGUGACCCCAUCUUGGAUUUCACCAAGAAUUAGAAAUUGGGUUAAAAUCGCGAUAAAUGAUAAUUUUCUGUGCUUUACAUGUAAAAUAACACAUAAAUAAGCCCUUUGCAUCAUUUCAUUGACAAUUUUUACUUUUAUUGUUGAAAAAAGUUGAAAGAACAUGCAUUUUCACUCAAAAAUGGCUUGACAACCUGCUACCUAUGAUGUCAUAUGUCGUAACCAUAGUAACUGACCAUCACUAAACUUGUCUCAAAUUGCGCGCGAGGGAUAAACGAACAGCUACUGAAAACGUCACGUGCUGAUGUUUAUCGUCUAAAAAAAAAAUCAAAAAAAACCUCAGGGUGGCGCAGCUAACCACUCCCCCUCCCCUUAUACGUCCGACGGUUAAGAAUCCCAAGUCUCCCAACGGGACGGAGACGAACCAAUUAACUAUAUACAAGCGUGGCCGUGGUUUCAGUAGCGUGAUUCAGAUUUAAAUCAGAUAAUUUUUAAAAUUUAAGAAUGCACUGUAAGUAUUUUCUGAACCGCGGGUCACAAGUUCAUUGGUUUAAGGUCUGAGUUAAAAGGCUGUAUUACGUUUUAUAUGACUGAUCCCCGGUUUCCCAGAACUAGCAUUAUUUAAAAAAAAAAAAUGAAUAUGUCCAUGUCUUCUUGAUCCUUAAUGUAUAAAUUGGUGGACAGUACAAAAUGCAGACUGCAGACCAUUGUUUUCAGGGUUAGAAAACAAUGGGACUAUCAGCGGCUUCAUAGCUUAGUUGGUUAGAGCGUCGCACCGGUAUCGCGAGGUCACGGGUUCAAAUCCCGUUGAAGUCCUGAUUUUUUUGUUUUCAGGCUUCUUACGCAAUUGAAUAAAUUGCGUUCACAACUGCGAGGAUCAUUCUUCAUUUGAUUUUAUUCCCGCAAUUCUCAUAUAUGAUUUAUUUCAUAUGCAUUUGUCAAUGGGACUAUUGUUGUCACGUUCUAUUUGCAUGGUGAAAACAAUGUUUUGCACUGAGAGCAGUCUGUAGUCUUCAUUUUAUACUUAUGUUGUAUAUUGGGACACAAAUUGUGUCACUUAAUUAAUACUGUUUUUAAAUUGAAGUAUAUAAAAUGGGAUUUCAGAGACGAGUUUAACUUAUAUGGAUAAAUUAUUAGCGUUUCAUACAAAGAGUAAAACAUUUUGCCUUCCACGUUUGGGAAUGAAUAUGCUCGUAGUUUUAACAGUAAGUUUAGGACGAUACACCGAAUAGCCUGCGCGGAGACAGGAGCCAGUGACCGCUGGCGACUUGGACCGUCUGACAAUCAUUAGACUGACUUUUGCCUUAUUUUAAUAACCCUUUUUUGGGAAAAGCGUUGCCAGAUAGUCCUUCUAUGCCUGCAAACAAAGGAAAAAGGGCCCGAAAUCUACUUUUCAUCCGAAAGCAAGAUUUGUUUUCCUUCUCUAUUUUCUCACCACCACUUCCUUGUAGAGCUGAAUCCGCCUCUGUCUCUGCACUCGUAGACUAUUUGUUCUGCCAUUAAACUAGGUUUAACUCUUAAUCUUGUUUCUUAAUUACUGCGAGUCAUUUCAAUCAUAAAAAACAUUUUCGUGUACUGUUGCGUUAGUGGUCCAACAGCUUUAAUUGAUGUCGACUUUAAAGUAUCCAAACAGUGGAAGAGAUUAGAUUAAGAUUUUGGACGCUCCACUAACGUAAUGAUGUUUUGUUGUAAUUGUGCUAGGUUGUAAAAGUUGGGCUUUUAAUCAAAUAGAUCAGUUCCAGAACACGUAUACAGAAACGUUCUGAGGUUUGGCGCUAGGAAAUCACAGCAAUCGUUCAAGCUAUCAUCAUUCUAUCGAGAAUCUGACCUAUUUUUACUGCUUCUAGAUUGCUUUUCUCUAGACCAUUGACUUUUAGCCAUCCCUCAGUUAUUUAAAGAGGCUGCUUUAAUUUAGGGAUGUCACCAUUAGAAAAAAAGGAUAGGAGGUUGGGGGAAGGCAAACGUAUUAGUAAGAAAAAAAUCUCCACACGUACCAUGAUCAAAAAAGCUGUUCGAGGAGGAAAAAUAGAUUUCCACCUCAAGAGUAAAGAGAAAACUUUCAUAGACCUCCCAAAAAUUCAACCCAGCAACUUUACUUUGCUAAUGGUUCAUCCCUAAUACCGCCCCAUGUAACGGAAUCCGGAAUAUGGGAAAAAAUUGCAUGUGAAAUCCGGAAUCCUGGGCUUUGGAGUCCGGAGCCACGGAGUACAGCUUUAAGAAUCCGGACUCCCACUAGCAAUUGGAAUUGAGAAUCCAAGUUCCACUGACAAAGACUGGAAUCGAGUACCUGUGAUCUGGAAUCCGUGACGUGGAAUCCAGAAUCCUAGACUAUCUUGGAUUGCCUUACACGGGGUGAGUUAUAGGUCGGCUUGUUGAACUGCUUCUACUUGAUGCCAACACGUAGCACGAUACAAUGUUUAGUUUCUGAUGUUACCUUAAGAUAAGUAAUGUUGUAUUAAACCUGAAGAAAACGAGAUGUUUACUGUGAUUGCUGAUCUCUUCGAUGCCUUAAACCAUUUUAAAACAACUUCUCCUUGAACUGGAAUAGUCAGUAUUUGAUUAACAAACCACUCCCCCCUCAGAGGCGCUAAACAUUUUCGAUUCUAGAACGUUUUUUACAUAUUUUAAGGCAAGUUUCUGGUUUUGUUAUCAUCCCGCUAGGUAAAUUGGUCUUCAAGCAAGAAAACCCAACUUUCAAGCAGAGGUUUGAUGAAAAGCAUUUGACCUCGUUUCGCCAUACAACGUCAUAAGAAGCAUAAAGGCACCAAAAACUCAUUCCAUUAUAUUUUCAAAGAGUGCCAUGGUAGUGACCCCCCUGUCACGGGUCUCUUGGCAGCCAAAUGACUCAGUAAAACAAAAACGUGUUCAAACCAAUUUUCGACAUCCAGGGAUGUACCUUGGAACAGCAAAGGAAACGUUUGUCCUGAUUUAUCAAAACUAGAAUUUCAUCGUUAAUCCAAGCAAUCUUGCCACUUUCAAUUAAAGCAGCACCGAUCUAGAAAGUGGAUCGUCUCAUACCGAGAAGAGCUUCUACUCUUCGUCGCAGUGUUAACGGGUAACGAGUAUUCGAACUGUGGAGUUAAUAACAGAGUAGGAGGGAGGACUGGAACCCAGAAAGACGGAAGUAAAUAUUAAGCGGAAGUGAGGAUUGGGAAUAAUUUUGCCAAUCCCUCUCGGCCAACUCUCCAGACUCGUACCCAGUCGCUGUUUAUUUAUCCCCGCGCGCCUCAAUCUUCUCUCCAAUCUCCAAUCUUCUCUCAUCCCAAAAACACAUAAAUAGUGAGUGGGUGCGAUUGUAGACAUUUAUGGAUGUUCCUCUCCAGGCAUAGGCAAAAUUAAGUUUAAGUACACACCUGGUCAAUCGUGAAGCAUGCAGUACUGCAAUUUUUAAUCAUAUUUCCAAACAUGGUCAAUAAAAUGUUAACCAGUGCCUAUAUUGAACAUCUAUUGAAUGAGAUUUUGUGAUAUCUGGAAUAAUCAAAGGUCUCGAAGGCUGACGCUAGCUGAUAACAUUUACAGCGACCUUGAUUAUUCCAGAUGUCACAAAAAGCUAAACUAAUCAAACAUUGUUUUGAAGAAAAUGACAACACACCGUCGCACAGAAUAUAGUUUGACAUUGCUCUUGCAAAUUAUGCAUUGCGCGCGCAAACUGCAGACAAGUCAGUUAUCUGCUAGCAGAUCUGAAUUAACUAAUCUGUAGGUUGCGCUGAUUUUCAAAUUACAUUAACCGUAGGCUCUUAGCCAAUGAGAAGGCAUGUAGUGGGUACAAUUUAUAAUAAUUUUAUUUAUAUGUACACCAAUUUAUUUCUUGCAAACGGACUUGCAAGGAAAACAAAAAAUUCAUGCACAGAGUUAUUAGUCAUUAUAAUAAAAAAAAAGGAUGGUUGAGAAUGUAAGUGGGGACUGGAAAGACAAACAUGAAAAUUUUAGCAAGAGAAUUCAAAAGGGAGAAAACAUGACGUGGCUAGUCCUUAAAAACCCCUCGCCAGUAGAUGGGUGUGGGGAAGGUGCCUGGUCAAAAGGAGGGAGCCGCAAGGCAGCACGGGAGGUAAACAUGACAACCCGGUCAGCGGGAAAUAACACGCAUCGUCACACUGAUAAUAAGGAGUUUACGCAACAGGACGGAAGAGAAAAGAAGACGGCAAACCUUCUGUGAAAAGCGUGACAAUAAUUUUGUUGAAAUAACUUUCCGCCAAACUUCACCUUUCUUUAAACAGAUCUUUUUGUAAAAGACCAGAAAAUAUUAAUGGUGAGUGAAGAUCAUGACAAAACUGGCAAGUAAUAGCCCUGUUACGUUUGUCACACACAAGAGUUUUGCCGUCCUCUUAUUCCUGCCGUCCUGUGGGUGAACUCAAUAAUAUCCUGGGUGACAGAUUACUCCUUAAUUUUUGCGAGAAAUUUCAGCGUACUAAAUUAAAAUUUCACUUGCGAAAUUACAUAAUUUGCGAUGGCAACGUUCCGUACGUCUCAGUGGUGCCAAGAUGGAGUAGAAAAUUCAAAAUGUUAUGAAUGAAGAUGUCAGGGCGGGGCAUUCAAAGACGCUUUAGAAAACCUCAACGCACCAAAGAGCACGUCAAGAACUCUUCCAACAGGUAUUUUGUCGAAAAACUUAGAACUUAAGCCAAAUUUUAUGUUCUAAACCAUUCAGUGCGUGAUACUUGCAUGAAAAUUCUCCAAGUAAAGACAAGACAUUUAAGGUACACAUCACUCCAUGUAAGGUAAUCCGGAUUCCGGAAUCCGGGAAAUUUUGCUUGUGGAAUCCAGAAUCAUCCAAGAAUUCGUUCUUGUAGAAUUGGAAAUCCUGGACUUGGGAAUCCGGAAUUCAGCUCAAGAAAUCCUGAAUCCCGCUAACGAUUGAAAUCCGGAAUCCAAGUUCCACUAACAAGGAAUCCAAAAUUUAUUGUCUGGAAUCCAGAAUCCAAGACUGUCUUGCUUUUCCUUACAUAAAUAAUGUGACACACAAAUCAUAACGAACCGUUUACUGACAGCAGCGAGCUAAAAACAAAAUUGAUCAUGGAAAAUUCACGGUUCCCAAUACUUGCACGAAAAUUCUCCAAGUAAAGACAAGACAUUUAAGGAACACGAAUGAGCUGCUUUGCAGACAGCAGCAAACUAAUAGCCUCUUUAUGGGUAUUUCCGACGAAAUCGAAGUAGCGACGGUCGCUAUAUUGACGAAACGACGAUCUUAGAGAUUAAGGCGACGACCGUUUUGCCAUUUUGAUAACGUUUGAUCUGACUACAUGAGUCUUGCGAUAGCGAAAAAUAAAUCUACCAAACAGGGUGCUGCACGUUCAUAGUUUCGUUAUUCAUGUCCCAAAACAAUGAAACGGCGGCCAUUGUGGUGUACCAAACAAAUCCUGUGGGAGUUGAACCUUUUUCCUAUGAAAAAAUUUUCUUGUGUUCAAAUAAAAUUGAGUGAAAGAAAAACGCUCUCUCUAUUAAGUCUAAAUGGUUAGGGCGCAUGAUGGAAUAUCAAGAGGGCAGGAAGAGGUGGUAAUAUUACCCUGGCCGGGAUAGGAGUCAACCUCAUUCCCAGGGUUUUCUCCUACAAGCAGAGAGAACCCGAGAACGAAGUUGGGUAGGAGUUUCGGCCGCUUCGUUCUAAGCGCAUCCUCGGAGACCCAGGGGUAGCUACAAUCCUUGUCAAAAAUCUUGAAACACUUCCCCAAUGUUGAUUUGGGUAUUACAGUGGUCUCAGUGCUUCAAAAUACUCUUGGUGCAACAUUGGCGAGGGAGAGGGCACAUUACAGUGAAAACAGAAGGGUCAGGAGAAAAAAUCUCAAGAAUUUUCCAGAAAAUUGAAGAGAACGGUGUCUGUUUCAACGAUUUGUGACGAGUAUUGUAGUCGGGACGAUUCUAUCGUAACUACUAGCUGCCCCUGGGUCUCCGAGGAUGUUGUAAUCAUUUUGAACUUAUCCCAACAACAGUUGUGAUUUGUGUUAACCCUUUUAGCCACAAGAGUAACCAAUAUCAAUUUCAAGUUCUCCUGACAAUUUCAACAUAUUUUUAAGAGAAAAGGUUCAGAGAAUUUAUAAAAUGAUCACCAAAGAGGAAAUGCUUUUAUCCUUCAUCAUAUUCUUGUCUCAAAACGGAAGUCUAAAGAAUGAUGUGGCGACUAAUAUUGUUGUUGUUUUCCCACUUUGGCCAAUUUUUUGUCGCAUUAUCAUUUCUAAAUCUACCUAUUAUUAUUUCAUUAUUGACACAACUGCUUGUAAAACUUUCUUAGCAUAUAUAAAGAAUGGGCGCCAUGAACUUUUGAAUGAGGUGGAAGAAACUGCGAGAGUGGUUUACAAGGACAUUCUUGACUGGAUUCAGCAAAAGCUACCUUGAACUGUUUUAGGCCACGAGCAAACGAAUCCAGACUAAUUUUUGAAACUGCAUAACUUUUUACCUGGAUUCCAUUCCAGAGAGCGGUGUCAAAAAGAUAGUAGGCUGAUUUAGCAAUAGAAUGGGAACGUCAGUUGACGACGACGCGCGCAAGUCAAACAACUGGCUUGACCAAUGGCAGAGCAGCGAAUUGAGCACCGGAAGUCGCGUUCAGUCCUUUCCGCGCGCUUUCCCGUCGUCAACUGAUGCAGUCCCGUGCUGUUGCUAAAUCAGCCUAAUGUUUCGGUGAGAGGAUUCACUGGUUUCGCGCGUGGACGGAAUACCAGACGGACGGCCGAUUCAUGUGAAAAGUGAAUAUAAAUGCGGUUUCAAAAAUAUCCAGAUUUGUGUGGACGGGGCUUUUCACCAUAGUGUCAAUUUACAAAUAUGACCAGAAUAAUUUUAUUUUUUCAUUUCUUUCAUAUUUAAUUCGGUAAAUUCAGAAGCCUUCAUUUGCAUGAGAAAGCCAAAUUCUGAAGGAUUCUAAAAAGGGCCGUUUGCACGAUGGCGUCAUUUUACUGUACCAGAUUCCUUCUGGGUUUUUCUUUCUUGUGCAAGUUAGGGCUUUUGUUAUUUAAACCACAGUGGGAUUACCAAAUUUAAAUAUGAAAGAAAAAUGAAAUGAAUUUCUUUAGUAGCAAAAACAAGUCAUCGCGUAAAUAGCCAAUUAGGCCCCGUGGCCCCCAGUCUAUUCUGAACUGCUGCAUAUAUUCGGGCUGGGAGGAUAACCCUUAUAUGGGCCUCCCUACUGUCGGGCGUAUUAAAUCUCGAGCGACUGACGUUCAGUCAGAGUCAAUCUCUGUAUUUUAACGCCAGGUUAGAUUUACAGUUUGAUGUUCUUAGAUAAUAAUAGCCUACGAUCAUGCUGUCCCUAAAAAACGCCUGUUUUAAAAAAAGACGAUGAAACAUGAGAAACUAUAGUUUUACGCUAUUUACUUGUUUCUGUUUUCGUCUUUUGCGGCUAUUGUCAGUGUAUUGUUUGCAUUUUUAAUUUCUGUUUCAACUUUGCGGUUUAAUUUUGUAUUUUUAUGUGUGUUUCCGGUUUGGUAUGCUUAUUUCCGUUUGGGGAUUUGUGUUUCUGUUUUCUGGUAGUGUUUUUCUGUUUUGGGUUUCCGUUUUGUCUUAUGUGUUUCUGUUUUGGGUUUGUUCUUUUCUAUUUUUGUUGUUGCUGUUGUUGUCUUGUGGUUUUUUUGUUUCUAUCAGCCACCCUAUAUAUUUGAUAGUCCUCUGCAUUUAAAUCCAACCACUGGAGAACACUUCAAAACUCCGUUGAAAAUUUCUUCACAGAGAUCAAAUCGUCCGGGUUAGAAAUAAUCUCCUUUAACUUGGAAUUUCUCCAAUCAGAUAUUUCUGCAAGGUUUAUUUUGAUUUCCUGCUGUAGUUUUUCUCCCUCGCUUUUUUACUUAGAAAUAAUUAAUGAUAAGUUUAGACCGGUUUGCGACCACCAAGCAAAGUGUGUUUGUUCGAUGCUAAACAAAACGUCCGACUAGAAUAUUGUUUUGACCGAUUUGUGUCUCCCUUUUCUCCCUUUUUCACCCUCAAAAUUGACCUAAAAAUCGACCUCAGAAAACCCGGCCCAAAAAAGGCUUAUCUAUAUACCUCACACCAAAACAGGGAUAAUCGAGCUAAAACAUUGGCGUAAUGUAUAAGUCUCUAUGAUAGUAACUAAGUGUUCCAAAUUUGAGCAAAGUCGACCGACACCUAUUUCCAGUUCUCCCUCAGGCAGAAGCUCUCAACUAUAUUUUCGUUUGGUAUCACAGGAGUUUCAAAUAUCAUGUUUAGUUUUUGUACUUAAUGAAACCUUUCUUGUUUUCUGAAUAUUUAAGUAGGGUACAAAGGAGAUUUUUUACUUUCAACUAAGUUUAAAAGGAAUCUGCUUGAAAUAUUCUGUUAUAACACCAAUACUCAGAAAUUGACGAAACAAAUUCAGAAGAUUUGUCAGUUAGAGUAAAUCUAGGGUGGAAGGAGUGGAAAGUUCUAGCUACCAUAUCGGUCUAAUGGCAACAUAUGGCUUCAAAUGUGUUAAUGAGAAUUAUUUUUGUUUUUUCUCUACCUCCACGUUCCUUUAAAGAAGCAUUACGCCCUAGAAACAGUUCCACUUUGAAAACUAAAACUUCGAAAUGGCAGAAAGAAUACUACAAGAUAUAGCUGAACAAAAAACGCGUCUUGCAAUAGCGCAAAUCAAUGAAAACACGGAAGAGAAAGCAGAUGCCUACUACAAUCUAGGCAGAGCUUACUACUCCCUCGGGGACUUCCAUCAAGCAAUAGAGUACGACAAGCAAUACCUGAGCAUUGCCAAGGAGGUUGGUGACAGGGCAGGGCAACGCGAAGCCUAUGCCAAUCUCGGCGCUACUUAUCACAAACUUAAAGAAUUCCAAAAAGUAAUAGAGUACACCAAUGAAUACCUCACCAUUGCCAAGGAAGUUGGUGACAGGGCAGGGCAACGCAAAGCCUAUGCCAAUCUCGGCGCUACUUAUCACAGCCUUAAAGAAUUCCAAAAAGUAAUAGAGUACACCAAUGAAUACCUCAUCAUUGCCAAGGAAGUUGGUGACAGGGCAGGUGAAGGAUGUGCCUAUGGCAAUCUCGGCAAUGCUUAUGACUCCCUCAGCGAAUUCCGACAAGCAAUAGAGUACCACAAUCAACACCUCAGCAUCGCCAAGGAAGUUGGUAACAGGGCAUGUGAAAGCAAAGCCUAUUGCCAACUCGGCUAUAGUUAUAUGCAUCUCGAAGAAUACCAACGAGCAAUGGAGUACACCAAUAAAGGCCUAAUAAUUGCCAAGGAAGUUGGUAACAGGGCAGGGCAAGGGCAAGGCUAUGGCACUCUCGGCAUUAUUUAUAAACAUCUCGGCGAAUACCAACGAGCAAUAGAGUACACCAAUAAAGGCAUCAUCAUUGCCAAGGAAGUCGGUGACAGGGCACAGCAAGGGAAAGCCUAUCACAAUCUCGGCGCUAUUUAUCUCCGCCUUAAAGAAUUCCAAAGAGCAAUGGAGUGCCAGAAGAAACACCUGAGCAUUGCCAAAGAAGUCGGUGACAGAGGAGACACAGGACAUGCCUAUUCAAGCAUCGGCGAAGUUCAUUAUUCCCUCGGCGACGUGCCACGAGCUAUGGAGUACUACAAGCAAUACCUGAGCAUUGCCAAGGAAAUCGGUGACAGGAGUGGACAAGGACAUGCCUAUUGCCGCCUCGGAACAUGUUAUAGAAAACUCCACGACUUGAAGGAAGCAAUAGAGUGUCACAAGCAACACCUGAACAUUGCCGGGGAAAUCGGUGACAGGAUGGCAGAAGCAUGUGCAUAUACAGGUCUGGGUCACUCUUUUUUGGAAUCACACUCUUUGAAUGAGGCUUUAGUACAUUUUAGAUGCUGUGUUAAAAUCUAUGACACUAUUAGAGCCAAUUCUAUCUCGGAAGAUCAUUUGAAAAUAAGUUUCUGUAAGCGUCAUCAUUGUGCCUAUACUCAUUUAUGGCAAGUUUUAGUAAUGCUUCAAAGGAACGAUGAGGCUUUAUACGCUGCUGAGAGGGGACGAGCACAGGCUUUGCUCGAUGCCUUAAAAGUAACUUAUGGCCUUACAUCACUUUCUCGCAGGUCAAUUGAAUCUGAAGAAGAAGUCACAUAUAUUUCAAAGAACACAACUGUGUUGAAAGUUUUUCUUUUCCUUGAAUUGAAAAUAGUCAAUAUGUGGGUAUUGCAAAAAGAGGGCGACCCUAUUUUUAGGCAAGCAGAGUUAGAAAUUGGAGAUGCACACGAAGAUUCUUUUGCUCUCCUUUUAGACAUUGUUUUGAAAAACAUUAGGGCUGGUGUCGGUAUUAGGUGCGAAAAUCGGUCAAUGGAUAAGCUGAGUGAUGACUCAACUCCCUCAAGUACUCAAGACGACAAUCAAACAUCGGAGCCAUCACAGGGGACCACCGACCUUUUACAGCCAUUGUAUGAUGCAGUUCUUGGUCCCAUUGAAGAUUUGCUUGAUGGUGAUGAACUAAUUGUAGUUCCUGAUGGCGCUUUGUCUAAAGCUCCUUGGGCAGCCCUGAGUGAAACUUUAAGGAUCCGGACUUUUCCCUCACUGACAAGUUUGAAAGUCAUCACAGAUUCUCCAAGUGAAUACCACAGUAAAAGUGGAGCCUUGCUAGUUGGAGAGCCAUGCGUGAAGAAAAUUACAGAUAAACAGGGGAACCCCAUUUAUGAUCCUCUGAAGUACGCAAAAAUGGAAGUGGAGAUGAUUGGAGAAAUUGUAAAGAGUCGACCCUUAACAGGUGAAGAUGCAACCAAAGAAGCAGUACUUCAGAAUAUCGGGUCAGCUGCUUUGGUUCACAUCGCAGCUCAUGGAAGGAAGGAAACUGGAGAAAUUGUUUUGGCUCCAGACCCCCGAUGGGAAUCCAAGACUCCUACGGAGGAGGAAUAUAUUUUGAAAAUGUCUGAUAUACAAGCUGUGAAGCUGAGAGCAAGGCUAGUUGUGCUUAGUUGCUGCCAUAGUGGUCAAGGACCGGUCUCGUGUGAGGGUGUGGUCGGUAUGGCACGUGCUUUCUUGUUUGCUGGUGCUCGUUCCGUGCUGUCGACACUCUGGGCAAUUGAUGACGAAGCCACAAUGAUGUUUAUGAAAUCUUUCUACCAACAACUUGCAAGAGGAGAAAGUGCAAGUGUUGCUCUUCAGAGGGCCAUGAAAUGUCUUCGAGAGUCCCACGAUUAUUCUGCUCCAAAGUACUGGGCUCCUUUUGUUCUGAUGGGCGAUGACGUUAAGAUUGAAUUGGAAAAAGAGUCAUUGAGCAAGUCGUAA